AUGUCCGCCGCCAAUGAGACUCCCCAACUAGCUGCUGAAGCUGCACCAGCUGCCCCCACCGCUAAGGGAAAGAUCAAUGAGAAGUUCAAGGCUCCCAGCAAUAAAACUUCGUCUGGCAAACAAUGGACUCAAGCCGAAAAAGAUGCAAUAGUAGUCCAGAUUCUCUUUCAAGCUGCUGGCAAGAGCUUUGUUCCUAACUUCAAGGCCAUCAAGGCUCCGGGCCGCACCGAAAAGGCUGUCAGACACAUUUGGGAAGCACUCAAGAAGUCUCAUGCCAGUUUCAAGGAGGGAAAUGCGAAGGGUGAAGGCGUCGCUAAAGGUAAUUCAAAGAAGCGCAAGGCAGAGAUUGAGGGUAAAAACGAAGGUGUUGCUAAGAAGAAGAAGAAGAACAAGGUAGCAAAGAAGACUGCCGCCGAGCUUGAGAUUGAGGAGAACCUUAGCGACAACGCAAUUUUUUACGAUGACUCUGACAGCUUUGGCAUUGCUUCGGAAGAUCAGGCAGGUGCAUUGUCGGACGACUACGCUUAA